AACGCUAUUCACCCCCCCUCUAGCGUUGGGCCUUUAUUCUAACAAUUGGUAUCAGAGCCUUACUCUCUGAAAGACUUAACCGUUUGAGAGAAACGAUCAAUGGCUUCUACUCAAAACUUAUACGCAGGUUUAGGAGAAGGGCAAUCCACCACGAGGCCUCCAUUAUUUGAUGGAACGAAUUACACAUAUUGGAAGGAGCGGAUGAGAAUUUUCAUCCAAUCAAACAACUUUCUCCUAUGGAGAAUUAUCAAGAAUGGGGAAGAAGUGCCCAUGAAGAAAGUUGGGGAAACCACCGUUCCCAAAACCGAAGACGAAUACGAUGCACAGGAUAUCAAGAAAAUAGAGAACAACGCCAAGGCUAUCAACAUUCUUUACUGUGCAGUAAAUCCGGAUGACUACCGGAAAAUUUCAUAUUGCUCGACCGCUAAGGAUAUGUGGGACAAACUAGAAAUCACAUAUGAAGGUACGAAUCAAGUCCGAGAAGCUAAGAUAGAUUUUCUAACCCAUGAAUAUGAAUUGUUUCGUAUGAAGGAGAAUGAGAAAAUCGAUGAGAUGUUUGAACGAUUCUCCAAAAUCGUUAAUGAUCUCCAUGCUCUCAAGAAGACAUACACGGACAAGGAGCUUGUGAGAAAAAUCCUGCGAAGUCUCACACCCGAGUGGCGCUCUAAAGCCGAUGCCAUUCAAGAAUCUAUCGGCAUCACCAACGUCACCAUCGACGGACUAAAAGGUAAUCUCAAAACCUACGAGUAUACCAUUCUUUAUCCCUCUCUAGGUGAACAAAAGAAGAAUGGGAUCGCCCUCAAAGCAUCUACAAGCCAAGAACGUGCCAUGGAAGACACGAGUGACGAAGACGAGUUCGGGAUCGUGCUCAAGAAAUUCCAUAAGUUCAUGAGCCAAGAGUAUGAACGGAAAGGAAAGAAGCAAGGAGGUCCACCCAAAUGCUAUGGGUGUGGAGAAGUUGGGCAUAUAAAACCAAAAUGUCCAAACGCCAAGAACAAGAAGAAGGUGUUCAAGAAUCACCGAGCCUACAUCUCAUGGGGAGGUGAUUCCGGUGACGAGUCAUCGGAAGGCGAAGAAAAUGAAAGCGCCAACCUUUGCCUCAUGGCACACGAGGAACCACCGGAAGAGGUUUUGAUAAUUGCCAAACCGCCGUGGAUAUGAAGAGUUUCGUUGAAUAAAUCAAGGCAUGAAGAAUGGCAUGGAACAAGACCUAAAAGACUCAAGGACAAAGAUCAAGAAUUGAAGACUUAGUCGAGUCGGUCUUUUGUGAUCAAAACCGACAAUCAAUUCAAGUCUCGGUU